CUCGAGUCCUCGAUUCUACUACUCUCUGACCACUUACUGACUUGAUCACAAUCGCUUUCAAUCUUUGCUCACCUAGAGUUGCAGCCCUUCUAAUUGCCUGGUUACUUGCUGGAUUACACAAGUCGACAACCAUUCCCAGCACCAGGAAAGCGAGAAGUGUGCAAUGUUUUCUCAACCUACGCCACAGUUUAGUCCCUUCUUCGCCGCCAAUCGUCCGCAGCCUCACCUUUAUACACCGGUCACCCCGUCGCCGCUUCGGACGUCGAGGAAUGCGAAUCUCAUGCCUACCAGCCCUGAACGCGAGGGCGGAGGUUCCUCCCCGUUGAGGUUGGGAAGCUCACCUCUGGGGAAAUUCGCUGCUGCCGAUGAGCAGGAUGAAAACUCCACAUCUAAUCGCCUGUCCGGAUUCUAUCUGCAGAAGACCCCGGAAGCGUCGAAACAAUACGCAAGUACGACUGUGGGUGCUGGUGUAUUGGCCACCCCCCCAGACUCCUCGUCGAUCGGCAAUGGGCAGGCCAGGUUCGGUUUCCAAAGGACCGAGAGCACUUCCGCUUUUCCAAGUCUCGCAGGCUCGGCAGGCGGCAAGAGAAGCAACACUGACACAUGGGAAAGUAGAGCAAAAAGUCUCGGAUCUGCAAAUACACUCGCUCGGCACGCGGCGCAGGGCAGGGAGCAGAAGAAGAGUCGUUUCCUGGACCGGAUAAGGCGAAGACGCGACGACACACGCAGUGAGCUUGUCGGUGAUCAGGUGUUGCGUAUGGACUUUGUCAGGGAGCGAAGGAUCUGGGAAGACGAGAUGAGGAGACGGGCUGCCGAGGCCGGUGGUGACGGCACUGAAGAAGUCGACAUCGAUAUGAUGCUGGAUGAGGAGGCCCCGGAAGAUGAGAUGUCGCCGACAGAAGAGUUUGAUCCGGAGCUGGAAUCUUAUUACGAUUAUCAGACAGGUGAUAUGCUUGACUUAGGCGGCCCAAGAGAAGGGCUGGGCGGUCAAAACAACGACAAUUUCCUAGUGGACGAGGAUGAGGAGUACGAAGAGGUCUUUCGAGAGCUUAUCUUUAAAGAUGAGUUCCAACGAAGCCAAGGAAAGAUUUUGCAGUACGAAGGCGGAGGAGGAGACGCUAAUGCCAGUGGUGGACAAUUGGAGCACGAGGCUGGCAUGGAUCUUUCUUGAACAAAGCAAAGGAUUUGUGCUACAUUAUGAGGCGUACUGCCUGUACAUUUACACAAGCGUAGGAGCUGCGGUUUUGAUCGACAGAUUGUCCGAGUCUGAUGUUGGUCAAGUGAGUGUAUAGUGGCGGGCCUCGACUCUUUGUUGUUGACACCAGAGGGCACUACAGGGUGCUCGCAACUGUACUCGAUUUGAGCUCAGCGAUGGGAGGUGUCAUUCUGCAACGAAGAAGGCACGACAUGAUCACGCAUCAUUGAUGAUUCUUGAAAGCAAUGGCCCCUUCUCAUGGACCUAUCAUGAGUACAUUUGUUCCUGUUGAGUUGAAGAUUCGAUCAGGAAUAACCUUUUGUGGCAUCAGGAACAAUUUUCCUUCGAAGACUCUCAUGCCUCUAUCUAAAAGGCUCCUCUGACACGGAUAGACCACUGCGACUCUCUCUGCUUGGGUCUCAAGCCUCCCACAAGGUGCAGCGUAUAGAGUUACCUAUAAAGGUUAGCGUAGUCUACUGGAACUCAAUAUAACUGCCCGGAAGAGGAAAGCGCGAAGUCAAGUCUCGUUCAACGCUCGACGAAACCUCAGAAGGACUCGGUGCAUCAAGAUCACAGACGGCCGCUUGGGCUCAAGAGGAAUGGCCGCUUUGUGUGCGCGAGUUGUCGUUGGUUCAUGGUGUCGAUGCUGCUUGCAGUCAAGUGCCACCAGUUGUCGAACCGGAGAAGAAGCAUGGUCCCUUUCCCACCAUCCUCGGUUCCUCUUCGAACGAGCAGACUCAUGCUUGCAAGGGAUGGCUUAGGGAUGGCUUUUGGAUGGGGGCCUGACCCUUUGCUAUGAUCAGUGUCAUGGGCCACGUCUUUGCCUUCCAUCACGAUCUCAAAGUGUGUGUAUACUCAUGUCUAGGGUCCGGCCUUCUUUCGAAAACCAAAAAAAUCGCCCCCUAGUUCUUGCACCAUUCGUAUUCUUGUUCGAGCCACCUCCUUCAAUCCUCCCCAGUACAUGAGUGACAGUAGGCUAUGGACGAGCAAAAACACAAAGAGACACACCAGCCUGCCGUCUGUGCAAGUGCCAGCAACAAUUACAAGCAAAAACUCAAGCAGACCUACGCCUUUUGGACGUUCAUACAAAACCAGACGAUUUUUUUGACCUCACUAGCUAGUUAUGCGGCCAUGUACUCGCAGGUCUUCUUUUCGAUCGGGUUUCCGCACCUGUGUUCAGUCACGGCAUUGAUUACCUUUGGG